CGUUGUGUUUCUCACCGGAUCAUUGUAUGCAACGGACUGUCAACAAAGAAUAUGGCGCUGUUGUCUGCUAAGCUAGCUAAACUCUACUCGACGUUACAAAUGAAAGGUUAAAGCUCUGUUUAGUGUUAAAGAAGAUCAUCUGAGCUGCUUGAGGCUGACCACUGAGCUGCAGUGAAGUCAUGGUGCUGAAGAUCUUCUUCCCGCAGUGCUGUAACCGGGCGGACAGUGGCCUGCUGGUCGGCCGCUGGAUCUCCAGCCAGGACUCUGCCGUGGUGUUGGCGGUCAUCCACUACCCAUUCAUCCCCGGACAUGUCAAACAGUACAUCCAGCAGAUGCAGGCCAAGAGUGGGGUGGAGCUGUCAGUGCUGGGCUCGUGGAGUUUACCCAAAGAUGGUCAGGAGGGCAUGGAGAGCUUCCUCAGAGACCUGAGCACCAUUUUCCCCCAGGAACGCUGGCUCCAGAUCAACCGCGAGGUGGGCAAGAUGGGCUUCACCUGCCAGGUCCUCCAGCGGGAUCAGAAUGGAAGAGUAGUUCAGCGAGAGACGAAAAAGAAGAAUGAGAAGGUUGACGAAGGUGCUGGAGAGGCUGGGGGUGAUGAAGAAGAGCAGGAGGAGGAGAAGGUGAUCUUCGUCCACUAUGAGCAGAGGAAGGUGAUGCUGUCACAGCUUCACCCCAUCGAGAACGGAGUUCCCGACCCCAAAACUGCUCCACCGUCUGAGCUGAGACAGAUGUUCCAGACGGUGGCCAACAGCCAGCCUCUGUUCUUCCUGGACAGAUACGACGACGGGCCGCUGAAGUCGACACACUGGCAGACUGAGGGUCGAGAGGCCAGCAUCAUCGUGGAGCUGCUCAAACAGGCCCUCAUACCGCUCUGCAUGCUCAUUGGCUGGCUGCUCUCUGUAUGGACCUGGGUCUGCAACAUCCGGAUCUUCAGCCUUUACCCCCUGCGCUUCCUGUCCAGUAAGCUGUCCACCUGUAUCCAGCUCAGCUACAGAACCGAACACAUGAGGUUGCUCAGCUCACCCAAACCAGCUGCCGGACACAUGCAGUUCAUGAGGAAAGCGAACAUCGUGGUGUCGUUCCUGGUGGAUGUGGCUCUCGGCAUGUUGCUCAUCUGGUGGCUCUACAGAGACAACCACAUCACCAUGUUAGCCAACAUGCUGGUGCCUGCAGCAGAUCAUGUGGCUAAAGAGCUGGAUGAGCUGCUGCAGUGGCUGAUGGGAGCUCCUGCAGGGCUGAAGAUGAACCGGGCCCUGGAUCAGGUUCUGGGCCGCUUCUUCCUCUACCACAUUCACCUCUGGAUCAGCUACAUCCACCUGAUGUCUCCCUUCAUUGAGGGGAUCCUGUGGUACGGAGGCCUGUCGGCCUGCUUGGGCCUGACCUUUGCCCUCUCGCUGCUCUCAGACAUGGUCGCCCUGCUCACCUUCCACAUCUACUGCUUCUACGUCUACGGAGCCAGGUUGUACUGCCUGAAGAUCUACGGCCUCUCGUCUCUCUGGAGGCUCUUUAGAGGGAAGAAGUGGAACGUCCUGCGGCAGAGGGUGGACUCCUGCUCCUACGACCUGGACCAGCUCUUCAUUGGGACGCUGCUGUUCACCGUCCUGCUGUUCCUGCUGCCCACCACAGCGCUCUACUACCUGGUCUUCACUCUGUUGCGGCUGGUGGUGGUGCUGUUCCAGGGCGUCCUCCACCUCAGUGUGGACUUCAUUAACUCCUUCCCCCUGUUUGCAAUGGGCCUCCGCAUCACUAAGCCCUACAGACUGGCAGAGGGAGUAAAGUUCAGGGUGCUGUGUGAGGAGCCUGGGACGGCCCUGCACCUGCUGAUGGAGAUUAACCCUCUGAAGUGCAGUGCAGUGGUUCAGACCUACCGCACCCUGACUUACAGCUGUUACCCCAAAGACUCGUGGGCUGCCCUGGUCAAGAAACUGUUUGUUGGGGAGCUGAUUUACCCGUGGAGACACAAAACCACCAAGACUGACUGAGAGACAUCGGCCAGAGAUGUGAGCGAGAAAGAGAGAAAAAGAACAAGAGAGAUUAGGGAACAAAGGAAAGGGAAGGGACUGAAUAAAUAGUGAGAUGGAAACAGACAGAUAGAGGGGAAAGAGGGGGAACAAGGGUGAAAUUGGUACCUUAGAGUUACGCAGCUUUCAUCUUAGAUUGGAAUAACAUCAAGAAAGUUUGUUAAGACUGAAGCUGCCAGUUCACCACACUUUUUUUCAUCCGAGCAGCUCAAGGAAGAAGAACGAAAACACGUCAGUGUUUAAGAGUGCAGCCAACAUGGCAAUGUCCGCCACAAACCUAAAAACCAGCAAAUAGUCCCGUCCUGUUUUUGUUGUAAAAACUGUGAUUGUAAAAUGCCUUUCAGCACAUGAUAAAUUCUUUUAUUUGUAUUAAUGAUAUUAAGGACUUGACAUCAGCUGUUUUCUUGUGUUGUUGAGGUCAAAAAUUAAAUUAAAUAUGAGAACUUAAACUCCAGUAAUGAACUUAUAUGCAACGUGUUUCCCACAAGGAAACUACAUUACAUUACAUGUCACUUACCUGACGCUUUUAUCCAAAGCGACUUACAAUUGCUAUGUAUCAGAGGUCGCACACCUCUGGAGCAACUUUUUGUUAAGUGUCACACUUAACAACUAGGAUCACAUUGGUUGAUGUGUCGCAGUGGGAAUUGAACCCAGAUCUCCCGCACUAAAGGCAGGUGUCAUAGCCACUGCGCCAUCACCACCACUAAACUAAAGGACCAAAACAAUUUGUUCAUGUGUGUUUGAAUGUAGGACACAAAGAUCCCACAUUAUCGAAUAAGAUUUAAAGACCUUCUGACUUUGUUUGCCCCCCCCCCCAACAUGUCGGGGAAAUCACCGUUUGUAUGACCAGCAAACAUACUCAAGUCAGUUCACUGUAGGUCAGUCACUGGACAUCUAAGCUCUCAGCUCAGUGUAAUCCCCCAUGAAACACUUUACAGACAGGUGCGUAUUGUCUCUCACUGACGCUGCUAUUCCACUGGCUUAAAACGCUUGUAAUUUCCCCAUUGGGGAUCAAUAAACAGUAUAAAUUAAAUUAAAUCACACACCGCAACACCCAAAAUAUUGUCCAUUGCCCCCCGAAGGCUAAAUUGGUGUCAGACUGAUGGGUUCCGAGAUCGCCACUUUGUUAUUGGCUCCGUCCGAUACAUUGGACAAAGUAGCUUCUAGAGGGAUUCCAUAACGUUAGUCGUGUUACAGCGAGGCUAUGUAACUUGCUGAAUACUAAAACAUAGCCCAAUAGUAGCUCAAGUAAAAAAGACUCAUCAAAUCAGUGAAUCAACUCAGUAUUUAGCGUGAAAAUUCCUACAAAUCUUAACUCUUAAAAGGGGCAGAAUUCCACUUAGAAAUCAGGUAUUUAUGUAUACUAUUAACUGCACUGAUAGUUGUAAUCUUUUAGAUUUUAUAUUAUUAAAUUAUUAGCAGGAGUGUGCUUCUAAUCACACUAACUGGACAAACUGAUUUUUUUCUUUUUUUAUAUAUAUAUAACUACUUCUUUUUAAUACUGUGUUUUGAUCGUUUAAAAGUUUAAGUCAAAAAAUCUAAUUAGCUUAAUUUCAGGUUCAUUUGUUGCCAUAUUUCCUCCAAACACUGGAACUAUUUGCUUCUGACAGGUGAGUUACAUAGGGAGAUGAACAGUCAUGCCAUACUGUUCUGGUAUAAAGCAAAUCCUUGUCUGAUUCAGCUCUGGGUCAAUUUGUCAGCAUUUGUCUUUUCUGGGGGUUUUUUUAUGUGCCUGUUCAUGUCAUUUUUAAUUAAAUCUUCUUUUAUUCUUAGUAACAAUCAACCUGAACCAGCUCUGAUUAGAAGAAACAAUCCAACAAUUUGGGAUUUUGGCUUGUUGUCUGUCUUGCUUAGCACGAACUGCAGGUGAACUACAUGAGACAGCUUUGGAGCAGUUGGAAGGUGUAUUUUUUUUCACUUUUGAUAGUGCUGAGCUAGCAAUUUCCCACUGCUUCCAGUCUUUGUGCUAAACUAGGCUAAACAUGUCAUGGCCAAUCUCUGUACAGGACACACAAAGAUGAAACUGAUGUCAUUUCAUGGUUAGGCAGCAAGAUAACAGAUUUCCCAAAUUUACAGACUGAAUAUUUAAUGUGAAUUAUUGCUGUUACUGUUUUUCCUUUCACCUAACUCUUUACACCCUCUUUAGCAUCCUUAACUCAAAUUUGUCGUUUUUAACAGUUAAACUGUUUAAUUUGCAUUCUUAUUUUUUCAUGUUUUAUUUUAGAAUCUCCUAUUGAUCUGUACUAAAUGUUCCAUUUCCAUUUAAUAAAAUCCAUGCAUAUA